CAGAGUUCAACUUUUAAACUUUUGUUGAUUAUCAUUAUUAUACUUUUGUUUUCUCCACGGCUAUUAAAGACCCUCAUCACUCGCACUGUCGAAUUCUGUCUGCCAAACUCUCUGCGCUUUCUCCCGCCAUACAGUGUCGACAGCAUAUCUGAAUACAAGAUGCAGGGAAAUUAUAUCAAGCGGGCCACCAUCGAGGAGCGGGUGAAGAAGAUAAUUGCUGAGCAGCUCGGUGUGAAGGAGGAGGAGGUCACCCCCAAUGCAAGCAUCGUUGAGGACCUCGGUGCCGACUCUCUGGAUACUGUUGAACUUGUUCUGGCACUUGAAGAGGAAUUUGACAACGAUAUUCCCGAUGCAGAGUGUGAAAAAUUCACCACUGUUCAAGCGGUUAUCGACUAUAUCAGCCAACACGCAGCUUGAACAAUUGAUAUCCUCUACUACUGUUGAUAAUUGAAGAAUCCGCUUCAAACCAGUUACUAUGGUAUUGGAAAAUGAAUAGUUCGAGAAUUAAGUCA